UGCACCUUACGUAUGUAGAGCCUGGGGGAGAUACAUUGCCUUGCUUGGACGGAGGCCAGCCAGCAUCUACUACCUAGCACUGCCUCAAGCGACCACUUUGUCUGCCAACAUCGCCAACUCUUCUCUUUCUAUACUCCCUCAACAACCUCCGACUCAUUCUAGAUAGUGGUAGUAGAGAGCUAUACUCCUAUCACGAAGCAACCGUUCAUCAUGGCGGCCCCUCAGGUUCACCACCUCUUCCACGCGCCCAUCGCGGACCAUUCCUUCUCUGCCGACCGCCAGACGCUGGCUAUCGCUCGCGAUUCUACCAUUGAGCUCUACGGACCUACUGGAAAUUCUUUCAAGCUCAAGGAUGAGCUCAAAGGACACGACAAGACCGUCACAAGUGUCGACAUUGCUCCCAACAGCGGCCGUAUUGUCUCCUGCUCUCAAGACAGAAAUGCUCUUGUCUGGGAGCCCUCGCCGACCGGAUACAAGCCCACACUUGUUCUCCUCCGAAUCAGCCGCGCCGCGACCUUUGUGCGAUGGUCCCCCUCCGAGACCAAGUUCGCCGUCGGAUCGGGCGACCGCGUAAUCGCUGUCUGCUACUUUGAGGAGGAGAACGACUGGUGGGUGUCGAAGCACCUGAAGAAGCCCAUUCGCAGCACCAUCACAUCCGUCGCAUGGCACCCAAACUCCGUUCUGCUUGCUGCUGGAUCUACCGACGCCCACGCCAGGGUUCUGUCCAGCUUCAUCAAGGGUGUCGACGCCCGCCCCGAGCCGACCGCUUGGGGUGAACGAUUGCCGUUCAACACCGUCUGCGGAGAGUACUUGAACAACUCUGCCGGCUGGGUUCACUCUGUCUCCUUUUCGCCGAGCGGAAAUGCCCUGGCGUUUGCUGCUCACGAUAGCAGUAUUACUGUCGUAUACCCCAGUGCCCCUGAGCAGCCUCCUCGCGCCGUCGUCACGAUCACCACCCAGUUGCUUCCCUUCAUGAGCCUUCUGUGGAGCUCAGAGGAUGAGAUCAUUGCCGCAGGUUACGACUGCGAAGCCUUCCGCUUCAAGGGCGGCGAAGGCGGCUGGAGCCUUGCUGGUACUCUGGAGUCAAAGGGCCGACCCGGGCUUAGCGACGCCCGCGAAGAGUCUGCGCUCAACAUGUUCAGGCAGAUGGAUCUCAAGGGCAAGGCUACGGAUGACACCAAGCUCAAGACAGUACACCAGAACACUGUCACCACACUUCGUUCCUAUGAAGAGUCUGGCGGUAACUUGACAAAGUUUACCUCCAGCGGUGUCGACGGGAGAAUCGUCAUUUGGAGCACUUAGACAACCUUUCAUAGCAAGCUUUCAAUGGAAAUACCACGAUGUUUCAGAUACUCACCUCCAUAUUGUGAGCUGACCUGCUAGAACCUAGUGACACGUUCUCGACAGUUCUUUCCGAGCACAUUGACCAAGAGGCCUCGGUCGCUCGACGUCCGGUUGUAUACAAAUACGGCUUGAAAGGUCAUCUAACUCAUGUUGACCUUCCAAGCGACGUUGAUAAUCAACAUUCAACAUGGAGCAGUACGGCAGAGAACCCGAGCCUCUGUGCUCACCUAGCACAUUCAUCUACAAUCUUGCGUUCAGACCAAAAGAUCAGAACUCGGCGACCAGUACGAACCCGAUGGCUGUACAAGCUUCGCCUAUGCCACCUCACUUUGAUCCACAACUUCACGCCGGUUCUCUCCUUGAACGACGCGCUCUGGCUGGACGCACUAUCCACGGCAGGCCACUUGUGCCAUUGACUGUGCAAAUUCUGCACCGAAAUGACAUGGACAUAUCCGUGACGGAUUUUGACGAGUUAUUUGACGGCUUCUUUCGCUUUCUUGCACGACACCAAUCUCAUAAGGAGAGGCAUGCUCUAGCAAUGAGGAUUCGCUCGGUUCAGGACAUUUGUCUACGAGCUAGCCAGAAGUAUCACGAACGACGACGCAGGCAAGCCAGAAACGAUCGCAGAAGAGAACGCAGAGAAGAGCGCAGAGACAAUUCAAGGGGGGGUUGCUUGAGAAGGCUUCGUGGAGGCAGUCGUCGCCCCAACCCCUACGAUCGACCCGUUCAACGAGAUUCGCACCAUGAUUCUUCGUCUUCAGCGUCUUCCACCGCCAGCGACUCGGUCUCGAAUAAAUCGCUUCUGCAUAGCACCGGCCGGAUUUGCAAUCAUCUCUGGGAACAAGCCAACGUAGACGCACUGGACGGAUUCCUGGGUAGAGGGAAGAAGCGGGAAGCAGCGACAACCAUGGCGCAGCUGCUAGAAUGGGCGGAGACGGUCAUGGAGUGCAGUAAUCGCAGCAAACGCAGCGACUCUCCCGACAGAUCGGACUUAUUGCGACUACUCGAAGCUGCAAAGAAUUUGUGCGGCUGGCUUGGUGACAGUGAUUGGGAGGCAGAACUUGGAGAAGUUGAGGGCGCUGUGACAUUCUAUCUCACUUUCGGAGUAGCAUAGACUUAGGGAAGGGUGGAUCAUGUUUUUUUUUGGCGAUGUUGGUGCGGUUGGUGCGAGCUUAAUAGUAAAAGACAAGCUAAUUGGUAGGAAAUGCCUCUAGCUGUCUUAUAUCAAUAGCAAAAUCGUGUGAUUGAUCCUGAGUUGACGAAUAUUACAAGAAGCCAAAGUUUCCUUCCCCAGGCUCUUUCAACUUGUAGGAAUGUCAGACCGAAACAUGAUACUUGACUCUGGCCUCAUAUUUCCUGAAUGCAAUGCUUCUUUCUGUCCUUGCGAGGCAAUCAAUGGAUCCAGGUUCUUUGACG